AUGGUGGUAACAGGGCAAAAAGAAGUGAAGGAAGAUUCAAAUGGUGGUUUAAGAGAUUUUGGUUCAUUGGAGUCUCUGAGAGAUGGCGAGUCCUCUGUGUCAAAGAACGAUGAGCCUAUCAGAAGGUGCAGUGGUGGUCAGGGACUGUGCACUGACAAAUGUGAUGAAAACUGUUGCAGUUCAAAAUGUGCUGCCAAAUUCAAUGAGGGUAAUGGUGAACCACAUCUCUCACUAUUUUCUUCUCUUGACCAUUUUGUUUAUGGUGGUAACAGCAUAGGGCAAAAAGAAGUAGUGAAGGAAGAUUCAAAUGGUGGUUCAAAAGAUUUUGGUGCCCUUGUGUCAAAGAAUGAUGAGCCUAUAAGAGAUUGCACUGGUAAUCAGGGACUGUGCAGUGACCAAUGUGAUGAAAACUGUUGCAAUGCAAAAUGUGCUGCCAAAUUCAAUCAGGGUAGCUUCAAUGUUGAUAGAAAGAAUGGUGAAGCACAUGACACACUAUUUUCUUCUCUUCACCAUUUUGUUAAUGGUGGUAAAAGAACAGGGCAAAAAGAAGUGAAGGAAGAUGCAAAGGGUGGUUUGAGAGGUUUUGGUUGGAUGGAGUCAAAGGAUGAUGAGCCAGUGAGGAAGUGCAAUGGGGGUCAGGGUCUGUGUGGUCCUAAUUGCCAUGAUGGGUGCUGCAACGCAAAAUGUGCUUCAAAAUACAAAAAGGGAAAGGGAAUCGGGUAUUGUGAUUCCCUUGGUCCCACCAACAUCAACCUUUGUAAUGGUGAAGCACUUCUCUCACUAUUUUCUUCUCUUUGCCAUUUUGUUUAUGGUGGCAACAGGACAGGGCAAAAAGAAGUGAAGGAAGAUUCAAAUGGUGAUUUUGGUUCAUUUGAAGAAGGAGCCUAUAAGAAGGAGCCUGUAAGAAAGUGCACUGCUUAUCAGGGAUAUUGCAGUGACCAUUGUUAUGAAGACUGCUGCAAUGCAAAAUGUGCUGCCAAGUUCAAGCAGGGUGUAGGGUCUUGUAGACUCGGUUACAACUCUUGUACGUGUAAAUAUGUUUGUUAA